UGGCACUGCAAUAGAACUCCAUCCAACUCAGUUAAUCCAAAACCAGUUGGGGAAUUGGGGUUAGCUAAAAAUUUCAUUUUCCUCUCAGUUUGUUUUAGGGCCAUGAUCCUUAGAUACCUAGUAUUCUCUCUGUUGUUUCUACUUCAUUCUAUUUGAUUUUUGCAUUUAUCUUGUUCUGGCUUUCUAAGCUCCUCUUUGAUUUUUUUUUUCUUUGGUUUCAAAGAAGUUAAGCUGAUAAUAGCUGCUUUUCUUCUUAUUGUGGCUUGGUGAUGGACAACAAUACAAGUGAUGUAGCCCAUUCUAUUCCCCCUGGCACUGCCAUAUCAUCUAUGUCAGGUAUACCUGUCAGUGCCACCUCAGCAGCAUCGGGCGGCCAUUUUCCAUUCACUGCAUCAGACAUAUCAGGGAUGGGAGUAGAUACAUCUGCACUUGAUACAGCCUCUACAACUGACGUGACAAGUUCAGUAGGAUCACAGCUUGGACCUGAUGGUGGGGCUGGAAAUUCUAGAGAUUCCCUUAGAUCACUAGAUCAGAUUCAGGGGAAUUUUAGCCUUACAGAUUUAACAGCUGAUCUGUCAAACGUGGGAGGUAAGAAUUCUGUUGUUAUUGCAAGGAAUCAUUCAGGACAGUUUUUGCUGCUUUCAUGCAUUCAAGCAGUGCAAUAUUCUAGUUUCAUGGAUAGAUGUGCUUCUGCUAAAUCUGGGUGAGGAAAAGAGUUUUUUUUUUUUUGGAUUGGCCAAUAGGUAAGGAAAAGGUUAUAACUCUUAAUGGCAUUUAUAAAUUUAGUACUAAUGUUUUAGUCUUGGGUUCUAAUUAAUGCUGUUUCACUAA